CGCGCUCAACACUCCCUCAGUUGUAUUCCGUAGUCCGUGUGACGUAGUGUGUGUCCUUCCUUAAAACUUUUUGAUUUACGCAGUGGUUCCACAAAUCCGUCAAGAUUCGGGUCAAAAACAGAGAGCCCGUUCCCGUGUACCAGAUGGAGCACCCGGAAAUUGAGGACGACGGUCGCAUGUCUGGUACCGAGGAGCGAGUGUCGGACAUGGAACAGGAGGACAGUCUGGGGCUGCUGGGGGGUCGGGACAGCCCCCUCAAGCCUGGCGGAGGUGUGCCUGAGGGUGAGGACAUCCUGGCCAAGCUCCGUCAACAAGUGUCGGCAGCGUCGCUCUUCACGGCCAGGGAGGGGGGCGUGCUCGGCUCCUCUCCGCCCCCGCCAGGCUCACCCAACAAUAAUAACAGUAUUAAUAAUGGACACAACCUUUACGACCGCCUCCACACCCUCCUGCAGGCCAAGAUGAAGAGGGAGGAGGAGGUGGAGGGGGACGAGGACUCGCGCGACCUGGUGCUCCGGGCGGAGGCGUUACAGAGACAGCGGGAGUCACUAUUGUCGUCACCACAGGCACUCAUGAACGCCAUGAGGGGCGGCGGGCCACCCUCGCUGGUGCCGCCCGGGCCACACCUGCCCUUCAUCCCCAGUACGGUCGGCCUGCCGCCCACCUCCCAGAUGCCACCCACACCCGGGUCGGCAGGAUCAAGAGACUCAUCUGGCAACGGUACCCGCACGCCCUCCCACACGCCCGAGCCUCACCAGAGUCAGCAGUCCUGGAGCUUUGAGGAGCAGUUCAAACAGAGCCGAUCAGCCGAGAAGGUUGGACAACUAGUUCCAGGGUUCAUCAAGGCAAAUUAAAUAAAUUUACCCAAAGUAGAUGUGUUUAUGAUAGUAGAGUAUUAUCAAGAACUCGGCCGUCCAGCUAUGAAGGGCGUUAAAUAACAUCUGUCAUCUGAUCAUCCCCUGGCCUUGGUCGUCCCUAGUCCUUCCACAACAUUAAAUAUAAACACCAGUGACGAAAACUUCCCUGUUGGAGUUAUCGGUCUUGUGCAUCAUUCUGGCACCACCAAGUAAACACACACGAUGAUACUUGAGCAGUAAUUUAUUAUAACCUAAAAGUAAGGUAUGCUUGUGUAUAUCAACAUUGUAUAUGGCCACAAGUUCUGUAUUUCUGCUGGUAACAACACAUACCAGGCUCCUGCUCUGCGUCACAACUAAUCACGGAGCUUUUCGUAGUCACGUGACUUUUUAGCAACUUUAACCCUCAUUUUUUGCAACUUUU